CCGGGCACCGGUGCGCAAGAGCGCGCGAGCGGGAAGGCAGGGAAGCCGCUUGCAGCCGCACCAGGGAACCCCGAUCGCGCAGCAGAAGCGGAUCGCAGGGACGGGAUGCUGGCCCGGCUGGGUAGGCGGCGUCCCGGGAAGACGGUGGAUCUCUAGGCCGGCCGCCUUUGGGCUUCUCGGAGCCGUCGCGGAGAGGCGCCGGUCAAGAACCAAAAUUCAGCAAGUUAUGGAUUCCCAUUUCACAUGACCUGUGGAGGAAAUGACCAGAAAUUGAAGCAAAUAAAAAGAUGUUGAGAGCCUGAAGACAAAACUGGCAGACUGGCAGAGAGCAGGAACCAUGUGUUCCCAAGAGCCCAAAAUUGUCGCCAAGAUCAAAAAAGUAACUGGAAUUUCCAGCACCUAUUAAUCACUUCUUAAAGGGCAUACUCAAGGCUAUUCGGACGCCAUGACGGUCACCCUCGUCUGCGAUCCCUCCGAGGCCACGGAGCUGUGCGCCUCCCAGCAGCUUUACCUGAAGCCGGUGGCGAAACUGACCAUCAGCGUGGUGCUUCCGGAACACACCGGAUCGACCCGGGCUUUCUCCAAGUGGGAAGUGAUGGACAAGCUGAAGAACAUGAUCUCCCCGGACCAGUUCAGCAGCGUGAAGGUGUCGAAGAGCACCAAGGCCUUCGUCCGGUUCGAAGGAGAAGCCGAAACCAAGCGCUUGGUCUCUAUCCUGAAGGAGAAGCUCCACGGCCAGCGGAUCAAGCUGAACGGGUUUAAGGAAGAGCUGGAGGUGGUCGCGACAGAAGCCCCUCCCGACAGCCCACCAACUCAGGAAUCUGAGCCCCAGCCCAAGGCCCCAAAGCAGCCGGAGGAGGAGCAAAGCCAGGCGGCAGCUCCGGACUGCAUCCACCUGGAAGGCCUGCCCUGCAAGUGGUUUGCCCCCAAAGGUUCAGACAGCGAGACCCCCAGCGAGGAGGUCCUGAGGACGGUCUUCGGCCCUUUCGGGGAGAUCCGCAACGUCGACAUCCCCAUGCUGGAUCCCUACCGGGAGGAAACGGUGGGGAGAAGCAGGAACCACUUUGCUUUCCGUGGGAUGAGGCCCUUUGAGGCCUUCGUCCAGUACCAAGCGCCCGAAUCGUUCGCCAGAGCCAUGGAGACCCUGAAGGGUAUGAAGCUGAUGUUCAAGGGUGAUGAUGGCAAAGCCCUGGCGUGCAACAUCAAGGUGACGCCUGACGCCACUAAUCAUUUCAGUGAGAAUGCUAUAAAACAGAGAACCUUAGAAAGGUUAACCCUCCAAGGCCUAGAGCGAGAGAGAAAGAGAGAGGAGAACAGAGGAAGAAAAGGGACAGAAAGAAAAAGACGGGAUGACGAAGACAAGAAAAGUGGAGAAGGAAGGAGGAGGUUUAAGAUCAAAAGGCGAGAAAAAAGGCGGAUCGAACGAGAGGAGAAACGCCCCAGGAAGCAUCUGAAAGUAACAGCUGCAGAAAGACUGAAUUCUCCAGACCUUCCUCAAUGGGAGGAGAGAAAGUACCUCCUGGCCCAGAGAAGGGUGGAGUCCAUCAGGCUCCUGACAGUGCUGCUAAGCCAAAUAAAAAAUUUUGUGCUGUCCUCUGGGCAAACCGAGGCCCGUCUUCCGGAGUCUCAACCCGAACAGGAGAAGACUUUCUCCACCCCACACGUAGAGGACGCACACAAGGAAGAGACGGAUGAGCCUCACCUUGAACAUCCAGAAGUGGAGGAUGAGACGCAACCUACCUGUCCCUCUGACCUGCUGGAAAACGUCGCCAUCGACGAAGAGAAAGACGCACCAUUCCUGGCUGAAGAGUUCCCUCCCUCCCCUCCUUCCUUCGGGAGAGCGCUUCCGAACGAACCCGCUUCCAGGGCCGUCACCAGCCACCUAACGGAGAACGAUGCCCACCCCUUUCCUGCCGCUGGCUUCCUGCAAGUGACGGUCACUCAGGACUGCCAAGCGAUCGAGUCGUCCCCCGACAGGUGGGAUUACCUGAGACCUCACUUGGGGUCCUUUGCAGAGGCUCCCGAGGCGGCUCAGGCAAAGAAGCGAAAGGUUUACGAAACGGAGGAAUUCAUACAUUAUUUACUGAACUACUACCAAACGCCCCGCUAUGCACGGAUCUGCACCAGCCCGCAAAGCCCGUCGGAUGCCUCUUGGUGGAACAGGGUGGUGUCGUGUUCCGGGGACAGCUUCCGGGUCAAACUGAAGAACAGAGACGAAGACUGUUGGACGGAAGAGAGUUUAGGGUCGGACCUCCCUGAGAAUGAGCCUCGAGAGGACGAUGAAGGUGACCCCUGGGAAAUUAUCGACGGAAGGUCUGAGGCCGCAGAAGGCCAGGCGGGUCCCCGAGAGUUUAGCGGAGGUUACCCAGGAGAAUGGGACGAUUCCCUGGAGGAAGAGGAGGUGAGCGUCGGCUCCCCGCCGGACAGCUCGCGUAGUCCCCUGCCAGGAAGCAACAGUACCGCUCACCAGAAAAUGCCCCAAGAACAAAGCACUGAACUGGUGGCGUUGUCCUCUCCCACUAUGUAUAAACUGAAAGACUUGCUGGAGGAGAUCAGCAGCGAUUCGGAGUAUUUCAGUGAGGCGCUUAACGAGCCCCGGAACCCGUCAGAGCAAAGGAACGGAGGCUACCAAGGGAGCUACCAGAUGUGGCCUCCCCACCAGCAGAAGGCCAAAGAUCUCUUGAUCCGCGUCCGGAACAUGGACGGUGAGGACCAAGAAGGGAGACGUAGCACGCGCAGCUUCUGCUCUGGCGAGGAAUGCUGCGGCUCCCCUGGAAUGAAGCCUAAGACACGGUUGAAGAGAUCCAGCGGCAAGCUCUGGUACGAAGAGCCCCCAAUCCAGUGGCCGUCCAGCGAAGAGGAGAGAGAGCUCAGCAGGAAGAGGAAGAAGAAGAGGAAGCGGUUCUCCGACAGCGCCUUCCUAGACGAGGAGGCGCCGUUCCUCGAGACCAACCACCGCGGAGGGCUGGAGGCCUUCAGCGAGAUCGAGAGGGAAUGUAGCAAGCUCAUCCGUCCCAACAUGAAAUGCAGGACUCUCCCUGCCUUGGAGGAGACCAUCGAAAUCAAAGACCUCAUCCAUUUUAGUGCCUCUCCGCUGCAGGAGGAAGCUCCCCGGGUGACACGGAAGGGGAACGUGGGCGCCGUCGGCGAGAGAAGGCGCAAAGCGGAAGACGGGCAGAGGCUUUCCAGGCGCCUGGUGGAAAGGUGAUAAUAAGAGGGCAGAGCUCAGGGAUGGAGUAGAAAUGGCGGGGUGUGUGGGCGAAGGAAGGUGGCCUCCAAAGAACUCGACAGAUCAGGCCAGCCCGACGUUUAGCGGCCCCUCGAGCAGGUUUGAGCAACUCCCGAAAACAAGAAAGUCCCCUACCCUCUUUCGAAUUCUUGCCUUCCUCCCCUGCUUUGCGCAGUCCUUCCAGUUGAGAAGAAGCCGGAAACGGGAGGACAGCCUUCCGCUCCCCGUUGAAAUAAUCCAGCUCCGCUCGUGCUGGGACUCCAGUCUACGGGGCAAACCAUGGUGGGGGAGAACGCUAGUUCGGUGUGGGGGACCUUGCAAACGAUAUUCGGGUUAGAAGUUUCACCUUAGGUCGUUUUAUACAACCCUCUAAAAAGGGCUUCGCUGCAGAGCCUGAACUAUAUUUGCCUUGGGGGCUGGUUGGAGAGAGAGAGUGCGUGUGCGUGCGUGUGUCUGUGUUUGUAGUUUUUUUGGGGUGCGGGGUCUCUUCUGCAUGCUGGAAAAGGAAGAGCCAUAUGAGUGAGACACUUGUAGCGUCAUAAAAACAUAGGUGGCAGGGUGGCAGUUCCCGGCCCUCGAGGUCCAUACACCGCCAUCCUUUUUUGGAACGACUGUAAAAUUUGGGAAGUUGUGUGUGUGUGUGUGUGUGUGACCUGGGAGUUCAAGAAAUCUUUUUCAAGUCCCCACCCCUCCCAAUUCAAAGGCUGAGUGUCUCCCCAAUAUUGUCAGAAAGAGAACACGGCAGGAGAGAGGAAAUACAAUAUUUCUAAGCGUCGGCAAAGGAAAGCGUUUUCUAAUUUAACGAGAUUAGAAAAAAAAAAAAAAACGCAGCUUCAUCCAGGGUGAAACUAUGUCUGAUCUCUGCCAACUUCCUGAUUCCCCCUUUGGAAAGCCGGAUAACCGAGAUGCCCAGUUUUUCAACCUGUUGCUGUCUGACAUUAUUCCGCCCCAAAGAAAGCUUUGCGUUGACUCAUCCAUUUUAGUUUUUGAUCUGGGGG